AUGGCAAGGCAUGGUACCUUCCCCAGCCCUCCACGUCCUGGUGACAAAAAGACGCAGUACAACGGAGUCAAUUGCCAUGCCUCAUCGAUCCAAAAGCAGGAGCUAUCUCAAUACAUGUCCCCAGCUACCAUUAGCCCAAACGACGACUCGUACUCUGCUGAAAAAAAUACAGCGACGCGGCAAGAAGGUAAAAAGAAUUGUACCUACCCUCGCUCGGACCAGCAUGCUCGAGAACUGGGACUCGACUGGAACCUGCUGAAAGGCUGGACAACCGUCACUACGGCCCACAGCCGACCUGUAGUCGACCAGGUGACACGGCCCGUUCGGGAUGCGAGCUCACGUCCCUGUUACCUUCUCCCACUCCGAUGGGAAACCCACAUGAGCGGAUUGGCCGAUCUGACAAUUUAUCUGCGGCAACUCAGCGCGCAAUGCGACGUGGUGGUCGUAGAUGGAUCGCCACCCCUUGUUUUCGCGGACCACCAUCGCCACUGGGCCACGUUUAGUAGCCAUAUCGUUCCCGCUGCCGACAUGGCCUACUGUAACGGCAAGGUCAACGGUGUCAUCACUGGCAUGCGGACGACAACGGCAGAACACGUUAUUAUCGCUGAUGAUGAUGUCCGCUAUGAUACCCAGUCGCUCGCACGGACGCUUACCCUUCUGGCCGACGCAGACAUCGUUGUCCCUCAGAACUACUUCGACCCGCUGCCUUGGCACGCAGCCUGGGACAGCGCUAGAAUCUUGCUUAACCGUGGCCUUGGUAUGGACUACCCUGGUACGUUGGCUGUCCGGCGGACCGCUUUUAUGGCCGCCAACUGCUAUGAUGGGGAUGUACUGUUCGAAAACCUCGAACUGGUGCGUACCUUGCGAGCCAACGGGGCGCGGCUCGUGACGGCUCCGGGGGUUUUUGUUCGACGGCUCCCGCCGGUCUUCCACCAUUUCGCUGGCCAGCGGAUCCGUCAGGCCUACGACAGCCUCGCACAGCCACUGCGGCUGGCCACCGAGCUGGCACUGUUACCGGCGGUCGCGUUCCCCGUCGUGAUCCGAAAAAGCUGGUGGCUGGGAUGGGUGGCCAUCAUAGCAGUGGUCGUAGCAGAGAUGGGCCGGCGACGGCACGGUGGAACAGUGUUCUUCUCAUGGUACCUUCCGCUGCUAGCCCCGCUCUGGCUAGCCGAGCGGGCAAUCUGUAUCUGGCUUGCUCUGGGAUCCCGGGUACGCGGCGGUGUCUGUUACGGGGGCCAGCGGGUUCUCCGCGCUGCCACUGCAGACAGGGUACUGCGCCGCCGUGCGGCCAACCUGGGCGUCGAAAAUACCAGGACCUAG